AUGCAGCCAUCGGACAAUAGCAAACACUCGACCAAAGCAACUCUCGAUCUUGCCUCAACUCAGGGUGCUGCGCACCAGGCGGAUCUGCCAGCAUCGGAACCUGACAAGGGCGAAACGAAGGCGACCACCACUUUAUCAAUCGAGGAGAGCGAACAACCAAAGAUGACGCGUAAACCAUCAUCCUCUUCGGUGGGGCCCGACAAAGAGAACAUUGUAAGAAAGCAAAAGCGUGUCGUACCAGCUACGGAUUCGGUGGCACAAAGAGAAAUACCCACAAGAAGCAAGAGAAAGGCGGCAGACAUGGUCGAAGGCACCGACGACAUCGAUCAUGAGCGUCUGCUCAAACGGCUAAAGCUGGGAAGCCACAACUUCAACGAGACUACGGACACCGACAGCGAGAACGAGGUCGCCCGAUUUCUCCCGAUCCCCACAUGUCUAUUGACAAAGAUUACCGUCGGUGUGGAUGUUGAGUCGCGGACGCCAACGAAGAAAUCCGAUAACGAUCCCGCGCAAAAAGAUAUCCUCACUUCGACCAGCGUGCGCGCUGUCUCCAGCGAUCUCGACAGUUCAUCCGUACGAAAAGAGAAAUCGUCAUCUGAGCCACCCCCAGAGUGUGCCGACGGCCAAGACUCGCCAAUCAAAGAUCAUCGUGCAGUUUCUCAAUCUUCUGUUCGCGAGCCGACUCCAAAGACAUCCGUUACGGCUGGCAAAGAGUCGUUGCAGAGCUCGACCGCUUCAGCUGUUUCGAACACUGAAGAAGGAGCUCAAGUCACUGCCUCAGAGGAGAUCCAGGCAGUUUGCGACAGAUCGGACAAGAUUUGCCAUGAAGAUGUCGGUGCAGACAAGCCUUCAGCAGAGGACACGUACGAGGAGAAUGAUGAGAGUGAUGCUGAGUCGUCCUCAUCAGACCCGGAUAUUGACUAUGAACUUGCUGUGGUUACCGAUUCUGACGAUUCUGACACAGAUUCCGAUGAUGACGACGAGCCAGUUGACGAAAGAGGGCACGACGAUGAUCCUGAAGAUAAUGAACCCCCAGAAGCGAUUGAAGUCAAGCCCAACACUUUCCAGCGGCGCACUGAGAUAUCGAUAUGGCGCUAUGCAUGCAUUUACCGUAUCGAACCCUACAUUUUCGAAUACAGGGACAGGAUUUCCGCGAGUGUCGAGGCCGAAGAGAAACGAUAUCAAGCAAGAAUCAGGGGUGAUGUUUCAAAGGAGCACGUCUUAAAGCCGCCGGAGUUCUGGAGGAUACCGUUGACGAAGAUCAAUCGCGAUUUCGAUAUACGUCCCGAUUACAAAUCCCAUGGGACGCCUGCACGACCACCAUCGCCCGCACGAGGGAUCGUCGCUCGGAGAUCGCUUGCAUUGCGAUGUCCCCCGUGA